UUUAUUCCAGUUGUUAAGAACCUCUGGUUUAUCAUAGUGGUGCAGUUGAAACUUUUAUUGCACCAAGUAGUACUCCUUACUUCAAGUCCUCAGCUUUCCGACCAAUCCACCGACAACUUGCAUCCUUGACAACUCAUCCCUGAUCAAACCAAACUUUAUAAUCUCUGCAACUUUCUCUAACCAUCUCUCUCUCUCUCUCUCUCUUCUCUGGAAUAAUAUGGUACAAUCAAAGAAGUUUAGAGGAGUCAGGCAACGCCAGUGGGGCUCCUGGGUGUCAGAAAUUCGCCAUCCAUUGCUGAAGAGAAGGGUGUGGCUAGGCACAUUCGAGACAGCAGAGGCUGCGGCGCGGGCAUACGACCAGGCAUCCAUACUGAUGAACGGCCAGAACGCGAAGACCAACUUUCCCACGUCGAAGGAAGACACAUUAAAGCCACGUGAUCAUGAUCAAUCCCCGUUGUCUCCCAAGGCUCUGUCGGAGCUUCUUAGCACCAAGCUUCGAAAGUGUUGCAAAGACCAAUACCCGUCGCUCACUUGCUUAAGGCUCGACGCCGACAACUCCCACAUCGGAGUUUGGCAAAAGCGUGCCGGAGCGCAGUCGGGGUCCAAUUGGGUGAUGAAAAUUGAGCUUGGGAAGAAGCAGAGUGUACAGACUUUGGAGGAUGUCGGUUUGUCAUGUCCAAGGGUUGAGAUUCAUGAGGCUGGAAGUGGGAUGGAUGAAGAGGACAGCAUUGCAAUGCAGAUGAUUGAAGAAUUGCUUAACUGGAACUAUCCUACUCCUACAAGUAAUCUUCAUGAAGCAAAUGGGAACGCUCCUUCUCUCUUACUCUGAGUCCUUGAAAUUGGGUUAAGUAUCUCCUCAAAUUCCAAAAUAUUGUAGGUUCUAAAAUUACACAAUUCAGCUCGAAAAAUGCCACUUAUUUUCAUCAUCUUUUUACUCUUUACGUUUUAAAAAAGUUCUGAGUCAAAACCUUCUUCUUCUUCUUUUUUCUUUUUUUUUUUUUUUAUGAAGAAAAAAUGUUUUUGUAAAAGAAAAGAAGAAGCUUUUUAAAAAGAAAAUUCUUUUUACUUGCUUCAAUAACAUGCCAUAUUUUCAGUAAACGACAUUUUUCAAGCUGUUCGAAGAAAUAAAAUUCCGUAAUUUUAGAAUCUAAAAUUUUCUUAGAAUUUAAGGAGAUCGAUGGUGAUCCUUGAAAUAGAAAUCGCUCUUGUAAUACUUUUUCUGCAGUUUCCAGUCACAAAAUGCCUCCUCAGCUGGACUUAAUUCAGCCGAAUUAUGUGUUGAUGAGGCCACAAAGCAUUAAUUAGGUACGUACGUAGUACUAAUGGUGGUUAAUUAUGAGCAACAGACUGCUGUCACGUGGUGAACAGUAUUCAUAAUUGCAGCUGUUAUUGGAGGAGUAAUUGUAGAGGAGGCAUAUCUCAUCUUUUUUUGCUUUUCUUUUCUUUCCCAAACUGUUAGCUUUAGUUUCUUAGUGAAAGAAAGAUGUAUGAUGUAUCUAUAUUGUACCUACUUUUGUUGAUAUAAAAAUGUGUAUUUUCGUUUUGUCAAAAAGAGAAGAAAAAC